CUUUCGUCUCCCACCACGCGUUUGCCUCCCUCCCUCCCUCCCCUUCUUUCUUCUCCUCCUAUUUACUCCGUUUCUCUCUCCUCCAACAAAACUAGCGAUUUUCCUUUUCCUCACAUCCCUAUCCGAUAUUUCUCCCUCCCUCUCUUUCUGCUCUCUCUCCCCCCUCCCUCUCUUCGUAUGUAGUAGUAUGUAUCUUCCCACAGAUAUGCACAAAGUACAUAAUAAAUAUAUCAAUUAGUAGAAUAAUUAUAGUGAUCAUAGUCUUAAUAGUGGUGGAACUCAAUUUUUAAAACCAGUUUAUAAGUUUCUCUUUGGGUAUUUGUGUGCUGUGAUACUGCAGAUUCUGAUACUGUUUGUGCAUGUAUUUUGUACAUUUAAUUAAUGAAUGUUGUAAUUGGGUCAAAAAAAAAAGAAAAGAAAAGUUGAUUCCUGUUGUGUGUAGAUCCUUUUUAUCCUAAUCUCCUGUCCCAUUCUUGUUCGGAAAUCCCGAUUUCACUUCCCCUAUCAGCCGCCCUCUACAUUUUUCUUCCUUCCCGAUUUACUUCCGGUCUUUAUCUCUUGCUUCCCCUUCCCUUCCUGUAGCAAUUCAGUCGUUCAUCCCCCAUUCAACUCCAUUCCCAUUUUGCUUUUGAGGCUUCAGCUUCUCGUUUGUUUUUUUUAGAUAUAUACAACCCUCAUUCUCCUUCCCAGGUUUCUUUUGUACGUUUUAUGUUUUUUUUUUCCUUCUGCGUACACAGGUUAGGUUAGGGCAACCUGCGCGGUUUUUCCCUCUCUCCCCCUCUCUCUGUUUUUUUUUUUUUUGGGCAUCUUUAGAGGAAAACCUUCAACAUUUUUGGUGCUUUUGUUUUAGUUUAGCUAUCAAUAGUUGGGGGUUUUCUUUUGAAUCCAAACCGUUUUUCUCCUUUUGGGAUUUCCUCCAAUCAAUGGCAUUGAAGAAUUCUGGGAUAAACUUUCAUACUAAUGGGUCUCUUGUGGAGAGGUGCCCAGGUGAAAAUUCCAAAGGUUUCGAUUCCUAUGACUAUAACAAUCGCGAGGGAAAAUCUGACAAGCUAUCUUCCGAUGAUGAUAUUGUUGAUCUAUUACCUAGGGAUCCCUUUGGUAUGGACAUUAGCGCCACGUUCACAGCUAUUACGGGAUGGAUUGAGGAUUUUGGGUUGGAGAAUCUUGGAUUUGAGUCAUCUAGUGAAGAUGAUGAGGUUGAAAAGGUGGAUGAUCAAUUCCUUGCCGAGCUAAACAUUGUCUGGAACAGUGCCACAAGGCUUCAUCCCGAUUUGGGCGAUAUAAAAGCCUAUAAAGAAUCAUCCGUGUCUUCAAUGGAAUUGGGGUUAUGCAAUGAUCCUAACAAAGAGGAUUUCAUGGGUUUCAGUUUUGAGAAGUGUUGCACUCCCUGGGAUGCAGCUAAUAAACAUAAAUCAGCAUCCCCAGCGAAGAAUGUUUCCACUGGUGUUCGUGGGCCUCCCCCAGAUGCUUUGUUUUUUUCUCUUGGCUACCUGGGUGCGAGGGACCUUCUUUCGGUUGAAAAAGUAUGCAAAUCCUUGCGUGACGCCGUCCGGAAUGAUCCUCUCCUCUGGCUAAAUCUUCAUGUCACUUAUCCGUUGUGUGAUAAGAUCACUGAUGAUGCCCUUUUACGGUUAACGAGUAGGGCUCAAGGCCGUCUGCACAGCUUAAGUAUCGUGGAGUGCUUAAAGAUCACCGAUGGUGGUUUGAAGAAGGUGCUUGAAAUGAAUCCUGGAUUGACGAAGCUAAGCAUUGCGGGGUGUCUAAGACUCAGCGUUGAAGGGACUUUGAGCAACUUAAGGUUCUUCAAGUCUGUAGGCAGACCUGGAAUUAAGCAUUUAAGAAUUGGUGGACUUUUUGGUGUAACCAGCCAGCAUUUUGAAGAGCUGAAGCUUUUAUUGGGCGCAGAUAAACAGAAUUGGGUCAGCGUCAACAAACCACGGUUCUUCCAUGCAGAGCAGUUGUAUCUGUCCUUUGAUGAUGAGCGCCCUAUUGACAUUGAGAUAUGUCCAAAAUGCCAACAACUCAGACAAGUGUAUGACUGUCCAGCUGACAGCUGUAGGGGGAAGCAGCACACUGCCCAGGUGUGCAAGGCCUGCACAUUUUGCAUUGCUCGUUGUAUAAACUGUGGGCGGUGCUUGAAUAAUUGUGAUUACGAGGAGACAUUUUGUCUCGACUUCCUUUGUUUGGAUUGUCUGAAGCAGGUUUUGAAUUGCCAGGAUAGGCAGAAGAGAGUGACUAUUUCGCCAAAGCACACUUAUCUUCACCAACAGGCAAGUUACCAUUUCUUCCUAUAUGGCUAGAGGACUAUUAUGAUGUUAGAUACAGCUCCUCAGAUUGUCAGUUGAAUGUUGUACGAGAUUUGUAUGGUUUCCCAAUAAAGCACAUUUUGUUGAACAGAUCCAUAGACUUUAGUUGGGUGUAGAUAGUGUAUUUCUUUAUUCACUCUGGUAUCAGGACAGGCUAUGGAAUAAGGCACUACCUCUGGAGAUGACAUUUUGAUUUUUAUUGGAAAAAGGAAGGAAGUCUGCAGGCCCUGCAUCUACCUGGGAGGUCCUGGUCUUGUUGUAUUAUGUGUUUGACAAUCUUGCUUUCAUUAGCAUCUGCCUCCUAAUGCUGCGGGGAGCCUUUAAAAAGGGGAAAAACAAGAAAAAAGAAAAAAAAAAAAAGAAAAAGAAAAAAGGGGAGUGAGAGAGAGAGAGAGAGAGUGGAAUGUUGAAGGUAUUUGCUCAGAAGCGAAUUAAUGGAAUUGAGUAGUUAUUUUACCACAGUGGGCUGGAUGUUUCGAUGCUAUUCACACAUUUAGCGGCCAUGGAUUAUUAAUCCGAAGAAACACAGGUGGACAGAAGACCGAAUUAUGAUGCUGGUUACUUGACAUCCUUGUUCCAAGGUUUGUUAUUGAGAAAUAUGAAGACGGUAAAUGAUGUUGUUGCAUGAAAAUGAGGGGAGUUUGCGGCUGAUGAAGGGAUCACGGGUCAUGUUUGUUGGAAGUGUAGGCAAAAAUUAUUAUAUGUAUGUCCGAAGUCUUCCCGGUCGUUAUGGUGCUUCUCUUCGGUACUAUUCUUGUUUGUAUUGUAAAAUCUGGAUAUAUUUACCUGUAUUAGCUGAAGGAGGCGUGACUGAAGAUCAGAUGCCCUGAUCACGAGUCACCCGUACCCGUGUUGCUAAUGUUGUGAGUACAUUAUUAUUAUUGAUCAGGAAAUGAUGAAAUGGCACUUAAAGGUCAUAUUUGUUGGCUUAA